AUGAUCUUUCGUCGCGAUCCAUGCGGUAUAUUAUGUACGUUAAUGGCGUACGGGUGUAUGAUCUAUGCUGAUUUCGUUGUUAUUAACUGGAUUAUUAUUCCCACUUAUUCACAAAGUUUAUGGGGUGUUGUCCACACAGUGAUUUUUAACACAGUUUUGCUCUUUGCUUUGAUAGCUCAUGUUCGAGCGAUGUGCUCUGAUCCAGGAAUUGUUCCAAUAAAUAGAACUUUAAAAGGUGGUUGGAGGCGAGUAAAUGGUGCUUACGACGACGUCAUGACAGAUACAGAUUACGAAGAGUCUGGCUCGGAACGGGAAACAAUGAUUGGUUCUGAUGAUUACGUCGGAGAAGACUGGUCUAUUUGCAUUAGGUGCGAAUCUUAUCGUCCACCUCGUGCCCACCACUGUAGGAUUUGCAAAUGCUGUGUAAGAAAAAUGGAUCAUCACUGUCCGUGGGUGAAUAACUGUGUUGGUGAAUUUAACCAAAAGUAUUUUUUACUAUUCCUGUUGUAUGUUGGCCUUUCGGCUACAUACGCCUUGGGCUUAGUGAUUGCGGCUUGGUUAAGUCACGACAAAUUUAGUCCUAAUAGUUCGAAUACAUUGUAUGUACAGAAGGUCGAGCAUGCUAAAGUUCUACACACUAUAUUUUUGUCGAUUGUUAGUGCUCUUUUUGGGCUUUUUGUUUUGGCCGUUGCUAUUGAUCAAUUGCAAGCCAUUUUUAACGAUGAAACAGCAAUUGAAUCGUUACAGCGCAGAGGAGCAAAAUAUAGAAAACCAUUACGUUCUAAACGGGCGCUGUUGGCGGAGGUUUGUGGAGGAGGGUCGAUAGUUUCUUGGUUCCUGCCGUGUUCGUCGUUGACAUCGGAACGUGAUAUUGUAACCUUCGCACAGCAAACGCGACUUGAUGUGUAG